UCUCAUGUUUAGUGGAUGCUCAAGAACAUCAUCCUGCCAAGCAUGUGUACAUCUAUUAUGUUAUCUAUUUCUCACGAUAAAGCCACAAAAGUAAUACUAAACAAUACUGGUUUUGAUGGAGAAAAUGUCUAGACUCCACGGCUGAGAUGUGACACCACGAUUCGACACUGUGAACACAUUCACAUGCUUUUGUUUUACUUAAAAAUACAUGGCGAUUUCCAUUGAGCCGUUGCCGGUGCACGUGCAGCUUCCCAUUUCCAACCCUGCAGAAGUGUGGAUCUUUUUGACAGAUAUCGAUUCAAAGCUGCUGACGUCAAAAGCAUCCUCCAUCUUUUACGAUUGCAGAGAUGCUGCUUUUCAUUGAAGAAGAACUGAGGAGGUGUCAACCACGCGCACUGCCUUUGUGACAAUCCAGUCCAUACAGAACGGGGGUUGAUAUCUGUUAGUUGUUGAAAUUUGCGGACAUCUGCUCCUCCUGCUGACUGCAAGCCACCGACCACGGGCACAGCCUAUCCCCGGCCACCCAUUAGAACCUACUCUUCCCUGUUGGAGACCAGCUCCACCACGCACAGCCAGCAGCCAUGGCUGAAGACUUGGACAUGCGCAACGAGCUGUCGGAUAUGCAGCAACGCGCCGACCAGCUUGGAGAUGAGUCGCUGGAGAGCACUCGUCGUAUGCUACAGCUGGUGGAAGAGAGUAAAGAUGCUGGUAUCAGGACUUUGGUUAUGUUGGACGAGCAAGGAGAGCAACUGGAGCGCAUCGAAGAGGGAAUGGACCAAAUCAAUAAGGACAUGAAGGAUGCAGAAAAGAAUUUGAACGAUCUAGGAAAAUUCUGUGGUAUUUGCUCCUGCCCAUGUAACAAGAUGAAGAGUGGCGGCAGCAAGGCUUGGGGGAACAACCAGGAUGGGGUGGUGGCCAGCCAGCCUGCCCGUGUGGUGGACGACCGCGAACAGAUGGCCAUCAGUGGAGGAUUCGUUCGCAGGGUAACAGAUGAUGCCCGGGAAAAUGAGAUGGAUGAGAACCUGGAACAGGUGGGAGGCAUCAUCGGUAACCUGCGUCACAUGGCCCUGGAUAUGGGCAAUGAGAUCGACACCCAGAAUCGACAGAUCGACAGGAUCAUGGAAAAGGCUGAUUCUAACAAGACCAGGAUUGACGAAGCCAACCAACGGGCCACUAAGAUGCUGGGCAGUGGCUAAGCUCCCAGAGCAUGUUGCUUUUCCCGCAAUCGCAAUUUAUCGUAAUUUAUUGUCAUGGUAUUUACCUUCUAGGUUUGCACAUGUGCACAUAUCACCUCCCCACAUUGUAAAUGUUGUUCUGUGUUUCCUUUGACUGGCUUUUUCAAUGAUUGUCCUCGUAAAAAUGAAAUAUUUCUUAUCCUCUGUAUCAUUCUUUCCAAAGAUUGUAUACAGUGCUGACUCGAUGGCUCUAGUUCACUUGUGAAGUUUUUCUUCUCUUUAUCAAAUAUAGUAAAUACAGGUAACUGCCAAAAUAAAGAAAACACUUGAGUAGAUUAGGGUUCUGGCGGCUCUGUUUUGCUGUGAGUGCAUUUUCCUGGCAUGAUUUAGGUCCAUUCAACCUCUUCGAGGGCAAGGUAAAACAACAAUAAAUACACAGCCAUUCUGAGAGAUCACCUUCAACCUGUGCUGAAGCAUUUCUGUUGUGAUAGGAGUGGUCUCUUUCAGGAUGACAAUGCCCCCAUCCACAGGGCACGGGUGGUCCCUGAACGUUUUGAUGAGCAUGAAAAUGAAAUAAACCAUAUUCCAUGGUCAUCUCAGUCACCAGUUCUCAACCCAAUUGAACACUGAUGGGAGAUUCUGGAGUGGCGCCUUGGACAGUGUUUUCCACCACCGUCAACAA